ACAAGGCGAGGGAGCGUCUCCACGGUUUCCGUCGUCCGUAAUUAAUCGAGCUGUGUGUAAUCGAUCCGACGACGACGAAGAAGAAGAAAAGCUGCAAAUUUCAAGUCUUAAAAAUCCUGCAGAAAAAAAUGAAUGGUCACUGUUUAUUUGCAGCCUCCCCUCCUCGUCUCUUGCCUCUUCGCUCAAUAUCGUCGAGCGUUUCUUCUUCUUCUUCUUCCGGUAGUUACAGAAUCAGAUUCUCCGAUAGUGUCGCCGUUGAGUGUCGGAAUCUCUGUUUCUCCGUUAGUACAAGACAAGGGAUAACUGUUCCUGUUCUUCGAGAUUGCUCCUUUCGAAUUCCUUCUGGACAAUUGUGGAUGAUUCUUGGUCCCAAUGGCUGUGGCAAAUCUACCCUUUUGAAGAUUUUAGCCGAUGUUGUGAAUCCAACCAGCGGUACUGUCUUUGUGGAGAAACCAAAAAAUUUUGUAUUUCAGAAUCCUGAUCAUCAGGUAGUGAUGCCUACAGUAGAAGCUGAUGUGGCAUUUGGUCUUGGCAAGUAUCAGGACAUGAAUCCGGAACAAGUUAAGUCUAGAGUGAUUAAAGCUUUGGAUGCAGUUGGUAUGCGUGAUUAUAUGCAGAGACCGAUUCAAACUCUUAGUGGUGGUCAGAAACAAAGAGUUGCAAUUGCUGGUGCUUUAGCUGAAGCUUGCAAAGUACUAUUGUUGGAUGAGCUCACAACUUUCCUAGAUGAGUCUGACCAGAUGGGUGUGAUCAAAGCUGUGAAAGGCCUGAUAAAUGCGAAGAAAGGAGAUGUGACGGCAUUAUGGGUGACACAUCGGUUAGAGGAGCUCGAGUAUGCGGAUGGAGCUGUGUAUAUGGAGAACGGGAGAGUGAUCAGGCAUGGUGAUGCAGCCACCAUCUCAGAUUUCAUCAAGGCUAAACAGUCGUUGUACAUUGAUCAAAUUGGUUCGUAACUUCUUCUGUUACAGAAUUUGCUUUCUUAAUUGAAAAAAAGUGAAAGCAUAUAUAGAGGCAAUGAAAAGUCGUGAUUUAUUUUGUAAAAGAUUCUGAUCUCUGCAGAAGGUAUUGUAGUUAGAGCUCAAUUUUGGGUUUUGAAUAUUCAUUAAUUCAAAGGUUAGAGGGAAGACGAUAUGUUAAAAGUGA